UGCCCACCCCAGUAUAAAGCUACCGAGGCUGUGUGGGUCGCUUCCUUGGCCGCUUUGUCUUUUUUUUGUUGAUGGUUAGACUCUGCGAGAGAAGGAUGAAGUUCAUCUUGGCUGCCACGGUCAUCGUGGGCUCCGUGUUUUUUCUCGCCUUCCCCAGCGGCUCGUCGGCCGACGAGAGGAAGAAGGGACCCAAAGUAACCGCCAAGGUGUACUUUGAUAUGAAAAUCGGAGACGAUGAAGUGGGCCGGAUCGUCAUCGGGGUGUUCGGGAAGACCGUCCCCAAGACUGUUGAGAACUUUGUGGCCUUGGCAACAGGAGAGAAAGGCUUUGGCUACAAGGGCAGCAAGUUCCAUCGUGUCAUCAAACAGUUCAUGAUCCAGGGAGGAGACUUCACCAAGGGAGAUGGAACCGGAGGAAAGAGUAUUUACGGCGACCGCUUCCCCGACGAGAACUUCAAGCUGAAGCACUACACCCCUGGCUGGCUCAGCAUGGCCAACGCCGGCAAAGACACCAACGGCUCACAGUUCUUCAUCACCACUGUCACGACCACCUGGCUGGAUGGCAAACACGUGGUCUUCGGGAAAGUCCUGGAGGGAAUGGAAGUGGUGCAUAAGAUCGAGAACACAAAGACGGACAGUCGCGAUAAGCCCCUCCAAGACGUGGUCAUCUACGACUGCGGCAUGAUCAAAGUAGACGAGCCGUUCGCCGUAGCCAGGGAAUGAGCAGAACUGUGUGUGUGUGUGGGGGUGGGGGUCGGAAUGUUCAUCGUGCAGGCCACUGCAUGUCCAGUCUGGAAGGAGAAGCUUGAAAAGAGUGGCGCCCGGCGGUGGUCAGAAAGCAACAAAGGCGUGUCGAUAUCUAUGACGACACUCUGGCUCCAUCAAGCAUUCCAAGGUGCUUCAAUGGUCUUUUUCUUCUUCUUCUUUUUUUUUUUUUUUUUUUUUUAUAAUUAUUAAAAAAAAAAAAGGUUCCUUGAAAUAAAGCUUCCAGGUUUUGUUAAA